UUUCUUUCUCCCCCCCUCCUCUCCCCGUCGCUCUCCCCCGCAUCCCAUCGCCACCCUCCCCUCCCAACCCGCGUCUCAUCUCACCUCCACUCUCCUCCGCCACCGAUCGAUCGCUCCGGCCGCCGGCUGCGGCCGGCCGGCGCAGGUGGUGGCGCCGUCGUAGUAGUUAGCUAGGCGCGUAGUUGUGGAGUUAGCUUAGCUUAAGCUGUUGCAUGGAGGGAGGAGGAGGUGGGGCGGACGGGCAGGCGCAGCCGGUGGCGCAGGCGCCGCCGGCGAUGCAGCCGAUGCAGCAGCUGAGCAGGUACGAGUCGCAGAAGAGGAGGGACUGGAACACGUUCCUGCAGUACCUGAAGAACCACCGGCCGCCGCUGACGCUGGCGAGGUGCAGCGGCGCGCACGUCAUCGAGUUCCUCAAGUACCUGGAUCAGUUCGGGAAGACGAAGGUGCACGCGUCGGGGUGCGCCUACUACGGCCAGCCGAGCCCGCCGGCGCCGUGCCCGUGCCCGCUGCGCCAGGCGUGGGGGUCCCUCGACGCGCUCAUCGGGCGCCUCCGCGCCGCCUACGAGGAGAGCGGCCACGCGCCGGAGUCCAACCCCUUCGCCGCGCGCGCCGUCCGGAUCUACCUCCGCGAGGUCCGCGACGCGCAGGCCAAGGCCCGCGGGAUACCAUACGAGAAGAAGAAGCGCAAGCGCACGCAGCAGCAGCAGCCUCCCCCACCGCCGCCGCCGCCGCCCCAGCACCAGCCGGGCGCCGCCGCCGGGGAGGCGUCGAGCUCGUCGUCUGCUGCCGCCGCCGCCGUCGCAGCAGAAGGCAGUGGCAGCUCCGCCGCCGCCGCCGCCGCCACUAGCCAGACAGGAGGAGGAGGAGGAGGAAGCACCACCACCACCACCGCUUCUGCUGCUGCACCGACCACCGCCACCCGAGUAUAGUAGAUCGAUCACCUUGCUGCAAACACAUCCAUGUCUAUUUGCUUCCGUAUGCGUCUCGCCCUUAAUUUGCAAGAUUUCAGCUACUUUCUUUUGCCAUUUGGUUCUCUAGUAUCCUUCUGGCUCUUUAGCAAUAGCUAGUAGCAACGAUCUCCUCUCCUCAUUUUCUCACUUGAUUUCUUCCUCCCUUAAACUUGGGUCUUUUUUAGUUUUUUUUCUCUCUUUCUCCUUAGCUUGUUGCUAAAUUACCUAGCUAGCUAGGUCAGUGAGUAUAUAUAUAUUGCAAUCGGCAACUGGUAAUUGGGAGUAAUAAGUAAGAUAGGGAAGUGAGCUUAAUUGUCAUAGUACUACUGUUUGCUCAUCUCCCAUAUACACAUACUACUACCCAUGAUGAGAUGAAAGCAAUACUUGAGCUUAAUUGCUUAUAUAUAUAUACAUACAUAUAUAUUUAAGAUCUUUCCAUUUCA